AUGAACGAAGUAAGAGGACCCGGUGAAAUGGAUUUCACUAGCCCACAGAAUCUCUCGGAGACAUGGAGACGUUGGAGACGUGGCAUGGAAUAUUAUUUAACAGCAACGUGCACUGGCAAAACCGAAGCACAAAAAGUCGCUAUUUUUAUGUGUAUGAUUGGUAAAGACGGACAAGAAAUCAAAGACAUGUUCGAGCUCAAAACCGGUGAAGAUGGACAAGCAGUGAUUACCACAGCAAUCCUCUUCGAAAAGUUUGAGGCGCAUUGUAAGCCCAAAAAGAAUCUCGUCAUCGAGCGACACAGAUUUAUCACAAGAGACCAAACCCCUGGUAAGUCCAUAGAUCAAUACGUGACUGAAUUGAGAACAUUAGCGGCUUCGUGCAAGUGGGGAGAUUUGAAAGACUAUCUUAUAUGUAGCCGAAUCGUCAGUGGCAUAUUAUCAAGAGUUGUUCUAGCGCGGCUAUUGCAAAAAUCAGAUUUGAAAUUAAACAAGGCUGUUGAAUUAUCAAGACAACAGAUGAAGUUGUUUGGCAGCGAAAUGAAUCAUGUAAAUGAAGAGAAAAGCGACGAGUAUCUGUUUCUAGAGACUGUGAAAGUCGAGUCUGUUGAUCAGAUUCGUCGCAUAGAGAGCGAACCAGUUCUUAGUAUUUCUGCAUGCAAAGAACUUGGCUUAAUAAGAUUCAUUAGUGCCGUAGACCGUAGCAACGAAGAAACCGAAGUAUUUACGACAAGAAUCAAGAAAGAAUACCAAGAUGUGUUCUCGGGGAAUGGUUUUUUACAGUGGCCUUAUCACAUCGAGCUGGAUCCAACAGUACAACCAGUAAUAAUUCCUCCAAGACGAAUUCCGUUUGGUUUAGAGGCUCGAACGAAGACCGCGUUGGAUGAGAUGUGCAGUCUAGGGGUAAUUGUGCCAGUGGAUCAACCCACGGACUGGGUCAAUGCGAUGGUCCUUGUGGAAAAGAAAAACACUGACAAGCUGCAGAUUUGUAUAGAUCUGCGACCACUAAACAAGGCAAUCAAGCGAGAACAUUAUCAUCUGCCUACGAUCGAGGAGAUCAUAACAAGGCUGAGCGGAGCGAACGCCCAAGAAGUGUUCCACAAGAGAUUACACGAGUUAUUCUAUGAUCUUGACGGUGUCGAGACUGAUAUUGGCGACAUGCUAGUUUGGGGCAAACCGGUAGAACACGAGGAAAGGUUGGAAAAAGUGUUGCAACGAGCAAGACAGAGCAACCUCAAGCUGAACCCCGACAAGUGUAAGAUCAGGCAUACCGAAGUUUUGUACAUUGGUCAUGUACUCACUGGAGAUGGGAUCAAGCCAGACGCGUCGAAGUUAGAGGCGAUUACUGAUAUGCCAGCACCAGAAGACAAAUAUGGCAUACAGCGAUUACUGGAAAUGAUGGAUCCAUCGUACUUUGCACUAAGAGGCGAAGGGUGA